AACGCAAACACAAAAGCACAAAUUCGCUGGUCGGAUACUUCCGCAGAGCACAAAUUCGCUUCUCGGUAAUUCAGUCCGCCCCUAUAAGAGUAAGCUGGCGGACGGCGGAGUUCCUUCAAAUAUUCACUUGAUGCAAGCGUAACCUCUGAGAGACUCUGAGUUCCGAUGGCCGAAUCUCCGGAGAAGUUAGUAUCCUGCGUUAUCUUAGAUUUGGACGGCACACUUGUUAACACAGAUGGUGUGGUGAGAGAUGUGUUAAAGGUUUUAUUGGUUAAGUAUGGGAAAGAAUGGGAUGGGAGAGAAGCUCAAAAAAUUAUAGGGAAGACACAUUCUGAAGCUGCAGCUGUUAUUGUGGAAGAUUAUGGGCUUCCUUGUGGAAAUGAUGAAUUUUUGGCUGAAAUCACCCCAGCAUUCUUUGCUCGGAUUGGCAACGUUAAAGCAUUUUCAGGUGCCAGUAGGUUGCUUAAACAUUUGAGUGGUCAUGGUGUGCUAAUGGGUUUGGCAUCAAACUCCGCUAAGGCAAGCAUAGAGUACAAACUUUCAUAUCAGAAAGGCUGGAAGGAAUGCUUCUCUGUCAUCAUUGGUGGUGAUGAAGUGACCACAGGGAAGCCAUCUCCUGAAAUAUUUCUGGAAGCGGCUAAAAGGCUGACUAUGGAACCUUGCAGCUGCCUGGUCAUUGAAGAUUCUGUGACUGGUCUUAUGGCUGGUAAGGCUGCUCGAAUGAAGGUGGUAGCUGUGCCAUCUGUUCCAAAACAAACUCAUCUUUUUACAGCAGCAGAUGAAGUUAUCCACUCCCUGCUUGAUUUUCGACCUGAAAAGUGGGGCCUACCUCCAUUUCAAGAUUGGAUAGAGGGUACCUUACCAAUAGAACCUUGGUAUAUAGGGGGCCCUGUCAUUAAGGGAUUUGGUCGUGGCUCAAAGCUACUUGGCAUCCCUACAGCUAAUCUAUCAACGCAAGGUCAUUCAAGUGUCCUUUCCGAAAAUCCUUCAGGGGUAUAUUUUGGUUGGGCUGGAUUAUCAAAACGUGGUGUUUACAAAAUGGUCAUGAGUAUUGGUUGGAACCCAUAUUUCAACAAUGCCGAAAAGACAAUAGAGCCAUGGUUGCUUCAUGAAUUUAAUGAGGAUUUCUAUGGCGAGGAAUUGCGUCUUGUUAUAGUUGGCUAUAUACGGCCUGAGGCUAAUUUCCCAACUCUUGAGAGCUUGAUAGCGAAAAUUCAAGAAGACAGAAGAAUUGCAGAGAAAGCCCUUGAUCUUCCAUUAUAUUCUAAAUACAAAGAUGAUGCAUACAUGAAAAGCUCUGGCUAAGGACUGCAAUCAUUUAUGACACUGAAAUUUUUCUUCCAUACCUGAUUUGCUUAGAACUCUUUGACUUGAAAGUGCCUGGGUUUGAUAGUCUUAUAUUUUCAGCAUGAUUAUAUUAUGCAUGUAACGCUAAAGUCGCUAAUGGGCAUGAAAAAAAUGCCCUGAGAACCAAAGAUUGUUGCAGAACAUGUAUUUGUACUUCUUAUUGAGAAAUAAUGAAGAAAUACGAUUAUUAUUUUAAAUUAUGCUUCACACAGACAAGAGCACUACACAUCAAUGAUGAUCUUUUUCUUGUAGGUAAUGAAAACUACGCUUCACU